AAGCGGCUGAAGUAGAUCCGGGCGGAAGUGAAGCGGCCCCGGCCCCGGCCCCGGCCCCGCCCGCUGCUGCCCCCGGGUGCUCGGCGGGAGCGAGACGAGCCGCGGCCAUGGAGGCGGGCCCAGUUCCUGAGAGCAUUGCCGAGAAGUGCCCCUUGGCACCCGAAGACGCGGAGCCUGGCAGCGGGGUGUACUCCUGCUUCAUGAGGUCCCAUCGCUGCUACGACCUGAUCCCCACCAGCUCCAAGCUGGUCGUCUUCGACACCUCCCUGCAGGUGAAGAAAGCCUUCUUCGCGCUGGUCACCAAUGGCGUGCGGGCUGCCCCGCUCUGGGACAGCAAGAAGCAAAGCUUUGUGGGGAUGCUGACCAUCACUGACUUCAUCAACAUCCUCCAUCGCUACUACAAGUCGGCCAUGGUUCAAAUCUACGAGCUGGAGGAGCAUAAAAUCGAAACGUGGCGAGAGGUCUAUCUGCAAGACUCCUUCAAGCCACUGGUCUGCAUCUCCCCCAGUGCCAGCCUCUUCGACGCCGUCUCCUCGCUGAUCCGGAACAAGAUCCACCGGCUGCCCGUCAUCGACCCGGACUCCGGGAAUACGCUCUACAUCCUCACGCACAAACGCAUCCUCAAGUUCCUCAAGCUCUUCAUAGCGGAGGUCCCAAGGCCGGAAUUCAUGGGCAAAACCCUGGAGCAGCUGAAGAUCGGCACCUAUGCCAACAUCGCCCUGGUGCGCGCCAACACGCCGCUGUACGUGGCCCUGGGCAUCUUCGUGCAGCGCCGUGUCUCUGCCCUGCCCGUGGUGGACGAGUCAGGUCGGGUCGUGGACAUUUACUCCAAGUUUGACGUCAUUAACCUGGCGGCCGAGAAGAUGUACAACAACCUGGACGUGACGGUGACGCAGGCCCUGCAGCAUCGCUCGCAGUACUUCGAGGGGGUGCUCACGUGCUACAAACACGAGACCCUGGAGACCAUCAUCAACCGCCUGGUGGAGGCCGAGGUCCACAGGCUGGUGGUGGUGGAUGAGAACGAAGUGGUGAAGGGCAUCGUCUCCCUCUCUGACAUCCUGCAGGCACUGGUGCUCCCGGGCGGGCCGCAGCCCUGAGGGGGGCACCCCGCUGCCUGUUCUGAGACUGUCGCUGCGGUGGGGCUCUGAGGGACAGGGCCCAUGGAUGCCAGGCCCCCCUGGCCACCCAUCACCCGCUGGCCCUGCCCUGCUCCACCAGCAUCGCGCCUCCCGAGCCGCAGCCCCCCCAAGCAGGCGGGAUGGGGGGGGCUGCACGCCAGCCAAAAGCCAGCAAUAAACCCACCCAGUUCUCCCAGGCAGGCUGGGCUGCUCCGUCCACAGGGAGUGGAGCAGGGCUGAGCCCCCAGGCCCUACCCGUGCAUCAACACCAUGUGUUGGGCAUCACUUGGCCGGGGAGAUCCUAGCUGGGCACCCUGCACUGGUGCUGCCAGCCCCUCCUGAAAUGGCCAGGGAAGCCCUGUGUGAUCAGCUGCCCCACGGUGCUGGACCUGUUCCCAUUUCUGCGCCCCUCCCCCCCAGGGGCUGGAACAGUUUCCUUAUUUCAUCCCCCUCUCCCCCCGGGGGUCAGAUCUCAACCAGCUCCUGCCCUGCAACGCCGCACGGCCUUGCCCCUGGGCAUCUGAAACUACCCUCCCCCCAUACCCCAGUGAUUUCCCCCCUUCCCUUAAGAAAGUCCAAACUCUGUUUUUACUGAGCACUGUUUUUAUAUCCUGUUGCUGGAGCCCUGGCCUGGGGCAGGGGCCUCGCUCGCUCGUCCUCUCGCUGGCCCAGGGUGGGAACUCGUCUUUAGUCGGAGUCUGGGCUGGUGGCCGUUGGGAUGUGGGGGUGAGGAGACUCCCAGGGACUUGUGCCUGGGACCCCGCCCCCACAGUAUCUGCACCCAUCACUGCUCGGUUAUUAUAAGUCUGUAAUAAAAACCCGGCCGUGCGUCUAGAUGACGCUACUCUUA